AUGUUCUUCACUCCCAGCGGUUGCGGCAUGUUGGGGUACCUCCACUUUGAAGAGCUGGUGGAUAGAGGCCUAUUCCUUUGAAAGACGAAAGCUGCUUAAGUAAUGGAUUUCUCGACACGGCGGUCGAUUGGAUACCCGCGAUGCAGGGCAUCCGAUUGAGGGAUCUCCCGACCUUCAUCAGAACAGCCAACCCCGACGACAUAAUGUUCAAAUACAAUUCGGAGUCGGUCAACAACGCUUUCAAAGCCGACGGCGUGAUCCUCAACACUUUCGACGACUUGGAAGGGGAGGUAGUACUGGCCAUCAAAGCCAAGUAUCCGCAGCUAUACACGCUAGGCCCACUUCCCAUGCUCCACCAACAGCUCCUUCCAUCGCCAAACUCGUUGGAGUCUAUACAAUCAAGCCUAUGGAGGGAAGAUGGCGGAUGCUUGGGUUGGCUCGACGGGAGAGAGCCCGAGUCGGUGCUGUACGUGAACUUCGGGAGCUUAAUAACGAUGACCCGAGAAGAACUGAGGGAAUUCGCUUGGGGACUGGCCAAUAGCAAGUGCCCCUUCUUGUGGGUCAUCAGGCCGAACGUGGUCGAUGGCGGGGAAGACGUGAUUUCGGAAGAGUUCAGGGAGGAGAUAAGGGAUAGAGGAUUGAUCGUGGGGUGGUGCGCGCAAGAGAGGGUCUUGGGCCACAGCUCAGUCGGAGGCUUCGUGACGCAUUGUGGGUGGAACUCCACGCUGGAGAGCUUGUGCGAGGGAGUGCCGCUCGUUUGCUGGCCCUUCUUCGCCGAGCAGCAUAUGAACUGCCUGUAUGCGUGCGCGAGGUGGGGGAUCGGGCUGGAGAUGAUCGAUGGCGGAAGUGAUGGUUUGAAGAGAGGGAGAGUUGAAGGGGUCGUGAGGGAGUUGAUGGAAGGGGAGAAGGGGAGAGAGGCGAGAGAGAAGGCCGCGGAGUGGAAGGAGAGAGGGGAGGCAGCAACCAGACCGGGCGGUUCUUCUCAUACCAACCUUGAAAGGCUAGUCAACAAGCUCCGUGGCCUAUAA